ACUGCUGUAGUUUUUUUGUCUGUUUGAUUCUUCGUUUUCGUCACUGGUUAAACCCUAUAGAGUUCUUCACAGCUAAAUUAGAGACUAUCAAAGCGGCUCUAAGUUCAGCUCCAGAGCUGCCAUACUCUCCGGCUGCUACAGUCAAGACUCAACGUUCUUUCUCCAUCAAUGAUGGCGAAUCACUAUUUUUCUUUACAGUCGAGACCGAACACUCUUCCUCCAUCAAUGAUGGCGGUUCACUCUUCGUCUCUGUCAAGAACCCUAAAACAUCCAUUGCACCAAAACUCAUUUUCCCAAUUCCCCAUUUUGCCUCUCAAAUCCAAUCUGAAACCCGUGAAACCCCUCUCCCACAUGGCAGUCGUCCAGAAUCCUUCUAAAUCCCUGAACCAAGAAGAAAAAACAGCGGAGUUUCACCAUUGUUUCACAAAAUCCCCUGAUGGAUUUCUUUGCUGCGAGGGGGUCAAGGUGCAAGAUAUCAUGGAGACUGUCGAGAGAAGACCUUUUUAUUUAUAUAGCAAAGAGCAGAUUACUAGAAAUGUUGAGGCAUAUAAAGAGGCCUUGCAGGGAUUGAGGUCUAUAAUCGGUUACGCCAUAAAAGCCAACAAUAAUUUGAAGAUUUUGGAGCAUUUGAGACAUUUGGGAUGUGGAUCUGUUUUGGUCUCUGGAAAUGAGCUAAGGCUUGCUCUUCGUGCCGGUUUUGACCCUAAAAAAUGCAUCUUUAAUGGGAAUGGGAAGCUUCUAGACGAUUUGGUUCUAGCUGCCAAAGAAGGUGUUUUCGUUAAUAUUGAUAGUGAAUUUGACCUUGAAAACAUCAUAGCAGCUGCAAGAAUUGCUGGAAAGAGGGUUAAUGUUUUACUUCGGAUAAAUCCAGAUGUGGACCCACAGGUUCAUCCAUAUGUUGCUACAGGAAACAAGAACUCUAAAUUUGGCAUUAGGAAUGAGAAGCUGCAAUGGUUUCUGGAUGCUGUGAAGGCAUAUCCUAGUGAGUUGAAACUUGUUGGAGCUCAUUGUCAUCUUGGUUCGACUAUUACAAAGGUGGACGUAUUUAGAGAUGCUGCAGUUAUUAUGGUGAAGUACAUUGAUGAAAUUCGAUCUCAAGGAUUCGAAGUUGAUUAUUUAAACAUUGGAGGUGGUUUAGGGAUUGAUUAUUAUCAUAGUGGUGCUGUGCUUCCCACACCCAAAGAUCUUAUUGACACAGUGAGGGAGCUUGUUCUUUCAAGAGACCUUAAUCUUAUAAUUGAACCUGGGAGAUCACUUAUUGCGAAUACAUGCUGCUUGGUUAACCGGGUCACUGGCGUUAAAACAAAUGGAACCAAAAACUUCAUUGUCAUUGAUGGCAGCAUGGCUGAACUUAUACGUCCCAGUUUGUAUGAUGCUUAUCAACAUAUAGAACUGGUUUCUCCUACAUCAUCUGAUGCUGAAGUUUCUACAUUUGAUGUGGUUGGUCCUGUUUGUGAGUCUGCGGACUUCUUAGGAAAGGAGAGAAAACUUCCAACCCCAGCUAAGGGAGCUGGCCUGGUUGUUCAUGAUGCAGGUGCUUACUGCAUGAGCAUGGCAUCUACAUACAAUCUCAAGAUGCGUCCUCCAGAGUACUGGGUUGAAGAAGAUGGAUCAGUGGCCAAAAUUCGGCAUGGAGAGACAUUUGAAGAUCAUAUGCGGUUCUUUGAGAAUCUCUGAUUGUAGACAUCAGCCUUUGAGCGGCUUGAAAUUUGGUUUGUCUUCAUGAAUGCUGUUUCUGAAAUCUGGAUAUUGCUGAAUAUAGCAACUUUUUUGCCAACCUGUUGAAUUGAAUUCUCUUGAUUAUAGUGAUAAUCAGCGCAAAAGUAAGAACCGGAAA